UCACUCUUCCCAUUCAACACGGUCUCUCUGACUCUCUCUCUGUAUAUAAAUAAACUCUAUUUGUCAUUGUAAAUCAUAAAAACCUCACAAACACAUUUCUUAAUUUGAAAAUCUCUCUCUCUCUCUGGAAACUUCAAAGUCUCUUGGUCUUGUUUAUUAUCUUACUUUACAUCAUGAACUCGAUGUUCAGUGCCUUCGACGCCCUCUUCGUAGAGCUUAUGGGAAAGAACCUUAUGGUUUCUUCGCUUAACGCUAGCUCCACCGCCACCCCCAAACCUGCCGUACUGCAAACGCAGACGCAGAAGGAGGAAAACGCAAGCAAUAAGAUAAGUUUGGUGCAGAAGACUCCGAGGUUUGCUCUGGAGCUCGACGGUCUCCACUGCUUCGAGACAAUAGUCCGUUCUUGAUUUUGAUUCGUAUUGGUCCGUCUUGUAGCUUGACCUCGAGAUCAAG